UGCGCUGAUUCGCCUGGCGUUGAAUCAGGCUGAGGCUAUCGCCAAAUCACAACACCUGUAGCUGUUUAUGGGUGUCAUUAUCGCUGUUAAGCACAGCUGUGCUUAUCAUAAUCUCUUCCAUGGUCAUUUAAUAAUCAUUAAAUAUAAAUUACAUUCCUCUAGGAGCACCGCUGUGCUUGACCAGCAUUUGUGAUUAAACAUUUGACAGUCAAUGCCGAUUCCCUACUAUCGCAAAAAAAAAAAAAAAAAAUGAACAAUAUAUAUAAGUUGAUCAGAUAUGCUCAAGACAAUCUUGGACAGUCCAUUUAUCUACUCAAUUCCAGCAUCCUCACAUGGGCCAGGCUAUAGAACAAGCCGCUUUAGUACUCCCAAAGCCCCCAGUCUCUACUCAUGACGGUGGUUACAGGUCCUUGAGGCAUGAUUGCCCCCAAUGGACCCCUCCGCAGCGACCGUUACUUCCUUCCGUUUCGGCUAUCCGGAUAGUGCUCCAGACUGCAGAUAGGGGAUAUCUCAUCAAGCCCAUAGAUCUCCCAGGGCGAUACAAUUUUUCCCAGUCUUUGCCAGUCGUCUCGUUCGAAAGUCGCGCCGUUCACCAGCUACUCACAUCCGCUAUGUAUAAUCCCUCUCUACUUCGAAAAUGGCCCGAUCUCGCUUCAGCCCUUGCACCAUAUACCAUACUCGAUUUUCAAAGACCAGCGGACUACUCGAUGCCUGUGACAUACCGGGCUCUUAUGAUGGAUACUGCAUUGAGCAUAAAACGGCUGACCAUAUGGUCAUUCAUAGCAUUGAGUAUUGCCGUUGUAGUCGGGCUUGGAGGGGGCGGAUGCCUUGCAAGGCAGAAGUGUGAUGUUGACUUUUCUUUGGAUAUUGGGAGUGCUCUGCUUUCUGUGUUUGUUAUGAUACAGAUGAUAAUCUGUAUGCUGUAUCAGAGGGGACUAUAGGUAUGAUCAUGUAAUCUGGAUGUACUUUAUAGUAUGCAUUAUGCAGCUGCCAAGCAAUCACUUGCAUUUUGGACGAGAUGUAGAUAACCGAC